AGAGCCGUCCAGCUGGAGCCCUGCGUGGCUGAGCUCAGGCCCCAGCGGCAUUCUUGGGUCAGAGCCACCUGUGGGGCAGCGCAAGGUCCUCAACCAUGAAUGGCACAGAGGGCCCCAACUUCUACGUCCCCUUCUCCAACAAGACAGGCGUGGUGCGUAGCCCCUUCGAAUACCCGCAGUACUACCUGGCCGAGCCAUGGCAAUUCUCCAUGCUGGCCGCCUACAUGUUUCUGCUGAUCGUGCUGGGCUUCCCCAUCAACUUCCUCACGCUGUACGUCACAGUCCAGCACAAGAAGCUACGCACACCUCUCAACUACAUCCUUCUCAACCUGGCCGUGGCUGACCUCUUCAUGGUCUUUGGAGGCUUCACCACCACCCUCUACACCUCUCUGCAUGGAUUCUUCAUCUUUGGGCCCACAGGAUGCAAUCUGGAGGGCUUCUUUGCCACCCUGGGCGGUGAAGUUGCCCUGUGGUCCUUGGUGGUCCUGGCCAUCGAGCGGUACGUGGUGGUAUGCAAACCCAUGAGCAACUUCCGCUUCGGGGAGAACCACGCCAUCAUGGGGCUCGCCUCCACCUGGGUCAUGGCACUGGCCUGUGCCGCACCCCCGCUAGCCGGCUGGUCCAGGUACAUCCCAGAGGGCUUGCAGUGCUCAUGCGGGAUCGACUACUACACGCUCAAGCCGGAGGUCAAUAAUGAGUCCUUUGUCAUCUACAUGUUUGUGGUCCACUUCACCAUCCCCAUGAUUGUCAUAUUCUUCUGCUAUGGGCAGCUGGUCUUCACAGUCAAGGAGGCGGCCGCCCAGCAGCAGGAGUCAGCCACCACCCAGAAAGCUGAGAAGGAAGUCACUCGCAUGGUCAUCAUCAUGGUCAUUGCUUUCCUCAUAUGUUGGCUGCCCUACGCUAGUGUGGCGUUCUACAUCUUCACCCACCAGGGCUCCAACUUUGGCCCCAUCUUCAUGACACUGCCGGCAUUCUUCGCCAAGUCCGCCUCCAUCUACAACCCCGUCAUCUAUAUCAUGAUGAACAAGCAGUUCCGGAACUGCAUGCUCACCACCCUCUGCUGUGGCAAGAACCCACUGGGUGACGAUGAGGCCUCCACCACGGCCUCCAAGACGGAGACCAGCCAGGUGGCGCCAGCCUAAGCCCUGUCAAGGACUCUGUGGCCGACAGUAGGAGUCUCCCGUCCCCCACACCCACCCCCAGGGACAGCUGCCCCAUCAG